UGACUGUAGCGAGAAAUGGCCCCCCCCCGCCGGCGGGGCGUGUCUGUGGCAGGCCUGUCGCCGGCGGGGGGGCUGCGCGGGCCUGAGCCCCGCCCCUCCUCGGGCUGCGUCGCUCAACUCGGGUCCGCGGACGGGCGGGGGGGGGCCGGAAGCGCCUGUCAGGGGCGGCACCGGCGGGCGGAAGUGGGGCAGGUCCCGCCCCUCCCCCCGCGCUGCGCGUGCCGGGGGCGCUGUGAGGCGGGGUUACAGUCCCGGCGCGGGGGGGCCGCUCCCGCGCGCAGGGUCCCGCGGCACCCGGGCUGGGCUCGGGCGGGAAUUCCCCCGCCCCCCGCCGUGAGAGAUGGGGAAACUGAGGCAGGGGGCGGUGACCUGGCCGCCGGCCAGCAGCCGCACCGAGCUUUGACCUCGGGCCCUUCCGAGCCCGGCUCUGCCUCGCUCCUCACGAGGCCACGCCAACCCCAGCAAAACGUUACGGCUGCCAGAAAAUACCAGCGCGCUCCGCCGACGGCCCGCGGCCACGGCGAUUGUGCAGUGCACCCCCGUCAGGGCCCUGGGGAGCUGUAACACGGCAAUCCGGGGACAUGGUAAAAGUUCGUCGUGGCUGGCAACUGGUGGCUUGUGUGCAGAGGGCGUGGACUGUGUCGAGACCUGGUGCGCUCAGAUGCAAGUGAGCCAGGUGCACCCAGAGAGUCGUGGUCUACUGAGCUCGGCAUGAGCAAGGAGCUGUAUUCCCUACUUCCCGGGCGGGUGUUGGAGAUCCGUCAGUUAAUAAAGUGCUUUUGACAAUCCGGGCUAGUUAUGAAUAAAUACCUUGGCUCAUUCGGACAGAAACAGGCCCAUGGGGUUUACAGUGCUGUCCUUUCAGAUUCGGGCAGCCCCACUGGAUUUGCAAGAUUAGGAAGGCACGAUGCCUAAGGGGAUGGUGUCUUGUCCAGAAUGCUCUUUACUCCCGUGAGAUGAUUGUGGGGCUUGAAUGUCCUGCGGUGGACAGCUGGGAUGAGGCAGGAUGGUGCAGUGGUUUGGGCCCCUGUCUCUGGCCUGACGCAGCCCUGCUAACUCCUGGGAGAUCCCAGUCUAGUGGAAAGAGAGCCUGAGACAUGAGGCCCGGUGUGAGAGACACAGUAUGAGGCCCAAGGUUUGAACUAAAGUAGGUUUCGAGCCCUGCUGCUAUGAAGCAAAGGUCGUAAGAGUCAGGCUGUGAGCAGAAGUCAGGCCCUGUUAUAAAACAUGCCUGCUUGCAAGUUCACAGAACCUGGCAAGAACAAGGCUGGUAUUGCAAAAACACAAACAUUCCUGAGAAGUGCUAAGCACAGGCCACUUGUGAUGCUCUGUACCUUCGGGGGGGGGGACGGACACCCAGCACCCCCACGGUCAUCCUUAUAAUAUGAUUGUGUGGUAUCCAGUGCAAAAAUUAGUCAUGUCAGGUGUCUUCGGAAGGCUCAUGAUGCACUGAGCAUUGCUGUCAUAGUAAUGUUAUAGGUUGUAAUUUUUUUUUUGUUUGUUAUGAGGCUGAAAAUGUGUCCUCAUGGCUUAAAACAAGCCCAGGCAAAACUCUCCAAGAGCAGAAGGGCAAUUUACACCUCAUCAGGGCAGGUAUGGGACAAACCCAACCCAGCCCAGCCUCACAGGAACAAAGGACACUGGCCUAGGCAGCAACAAAAGAUCUGUUGGACUCUCGAGUGAAUCACCCUCCUUCCCUUGGUCAGUUUGGGACUGCGAUGAGGUAAUGCUCACCUGACUUUGAAGGGGGGGGGCAAAGCCAGGAGGGAAGAAAGAACAUGAUAAAAGGGAGAGACGUUUGCCAGGCUCUUCCUCCCUUUUUCACCUCCAUCUACAGACACCACUACCAAGCCACUGAAGCAUUGAUCAAAGGGGAGAGCCUGGUUGAAGGGCAACCAGCCAGCCUGUGGUGAGAAGCAUCUAAGUUUGAAAGGGCAUUGAAAGUGUUACGGUCCGCUUAGAAUGCGUUUUGCUUUUAUUUCAUUUGACCAAAUCUGACUUCUUGUUUUUUGACUUCUAAUCACUUAAAAUCUAUAUUUUGUGGUUAAUAAAUUUGUUUGUUUCUUCUA